AUGUGCCUCAGAGGUAAAGAUGAGGAAUACACUCUUGAAAAGAAGGUGACUGCACCUGAAGGCAUUGCUCAGAAGAGGAAGGUGUAUGCUAAUGAGCGAGUAACAGCAGGAAGAAAUGCAGCCGUGGAUGGGGAGGGAAAGAAAGGUAAGUGUGAAAGUCAUCAGCGCUGAGGAGAGGAGCGAAGUCACCCAGAGGCCAGGGCAGAGGGCGGAGGGAGAAGCAGCAGCUCACCAAAGCCAGAAACCAGCAGAAAGGAAGCUCAAAGGAUGGAUGAGGACUUUAAAGCACAGGCACUUGACUCUACUCUUCCAAGUCCAUCAGAGACUUUACUUUCCAUUCGACUGUUAGACUUUAAAACAAGUUUAUUGGAGGCAAUAGAAGAGCUGCGUAUAAGAAGGGAAACAGAAACUAAUUAUGAAGACCAAAUAAAUAAAAUUGUUAUAGAGAAACAAGAAGUUGAAUGGCAGAAGGAAACUCUGCAGCAUCAGAUUGACACGCUGCAACAACAAAACAAAGAAGCUAUGGCAGCUUUUAAAAAACAGUUACAGGCAAGGUUGUUUGCCAUGGAAGAAGAAAAGGGAAAAUACCAGCUUGCUGCAGAAACAAGAGAAAAAGAAAUUGAUGGACUGAAAGAAACAUUAAAAGCAUUACAGAUUUCAAAAUACACUUUACAAAAGAAACUGAAUGAAAUGGAUCAAAAAUUGCAGAUGCACUUAACAGCAAAAGAGGAGCAUCAUAAGAAACUGAAUGAAGUUGAGAGGUGUUAUGCUACUAUUACAUCUCGGUUUGGAAUUGUAAAAGGUGUCCAUGGCAAACUGGAGCACAGUGUGCAGGAAGCCAUUCAGCUCAAUAAGAAACUAGCUUCAGUGAAUAAAAGACAAGAGACUGAAAUAAGUAAUCUGAAGGAAGAACUGAAGAAAGUAACUACAGACUUGAUAAGGUCCAAGGUCACCUCUCAGUGCAGGGUGGGAGAAGAAAACAUCAAUCUUGCAGUGAAGGAAAAACAGUUUCAAGAAAUGCAACAGAAAAUCAGAAUGGAGGCAGAAUUCAGUAAAAAAGUUCAAGAAGAAAACACUCACAUUAAAGAAGAAAAGCUGGAAAUUCUCAGCUCUCUUCAGUGCAUGCAGGAGCUGCUUCAGCGAAUAACCCAAACGAAUGCUAGAAUGGAAAGUGAAUUAAAUGCACUGAAAGAAGACUAUCAGGCCCUUGAAAGAGAUAAUGAGCUGCAAAGGGAGAAGGCAAAGGAAAAUGAAGAAAAGUUCCUUAAUCUUCAGAAUGAGCACGACAAGGCACUAAGAACUUGGAAAAAUGAUGAGGAAAACAUGAGAAGAGAAAUACACACUAUUAAAAAUGAGCUGAAUUCCCUUAAAGGACUUCACAGACAUCUUGAAGAUUAUCGUCCUCCUCAAGGAAAUCAGCGUUCCGAGCAAGUGGAAAAUCUGCAGUUACACCCAGCAAUUGCUCCCAUACCAACAGAUGUGAGUGGUCAAGGACACUCAAAAGACAGUGAAAUAAAGGCUAUUCAGAAAGAAAAUGAGUUUAUGCAGUCUAUAAUAAGAAAAUAUGGUAAUUGUGGAGAUAAAGAAGAAACUGAAGUAAAAAACACAAAGGACCAGUCUUCAAGCAUUGAGGAAUUAAAGAUAGAACAAAAUUCACAAGUUCUUGAAGACAGUUUUAAGGAUGAAAUUAAUGUUGCUAGCCCUUGUGAAGUAAAGCAAAGGGAGGCUCCUCCCAGGGACACCCUCUGCACAGAUGCUGAUUUAAUUACCCAAGGACACACCUCAGAAAUGCAAGUCACUGGAUGCAGAGAGGCAGAAGAUGCAGGAACAACACACAGGACAUUACCAGAUGAAAACAAAUCAAAUUUAGAUCAAAAGCCACGGGACAGCGCUGAGCCUUUGGCAGCACACCACACACAAACAAGGAAGGACUUUUCAGCCAGUGCUGAGACUGUAGGUGCUGCCAGGAAAAGCAGAAGUCAGGAGACCGACACUGGCAAGGAAGAACUGUGCAAUAUUGCAGAUGAAUCAACUUGUGCCAAGGCAGAUGCAAACUCAGACACCAGACAGCACAACAAACCUGUCCUUCCACCUGAAGCACCCAACCCCGAGUCUGAAGCUGUUCUUAGCCCUGAGAAGAGUGCUCUGCAGGAGUUAAGUUUUGGAGUCCUGCCUUAUACUACAGGUAAUUCUCAAGCAGAAUACCAAAAAUGUAACUUGCUGAAUAGUGACAAUUCUGUAGGCAGUGGAUUACACAAAACAGAAAAAAACUUAAAUCUGAGUGGUUUACAUGGAGAUAAACUUCCUCUGGAACAGACACACAUAGAUGCUGAAGGCAGAAAUGAUGAUAAUGCCAGAAACAUGAACAGCACUGGUGUUCUGGCAGCUGAUGCUCAACAUCCACCAGCUGUUUAUUGUGAUAACACAAGUGGUGAUGAUGCUGCUGCAAAAGAAUGCAGAGAUACUAAGACUCUCUUAGGUACUUUUAAUUUAUGCCCCCCAAAAACUGAGAGAGGAAUAAAUGCAGAUGACAUGCCCAGCAAGCAACCUGAACAAGGCAGUGCUAAACAAACAGAGAAUGCUGCAAAUACAUGGACUUCAAAUGCUGAAACCAAAUCUCCAGUAAAGGCUGAUGGUCUCAAAAUUGCUCCUGAAACCCCCCUAAUAGAUAGGGAAAGUAUAGAUAAAAUACUUCCAUGUAAAAAUGUUAACAAUGGUGCUCAGGUACACUCCAUCAAAACUAGACAUUCCCUGGAGAUGAAUACUUCAACAAAUAACACAUUGUUAAAAGAGAAAAAGGACUCUCUGAAUAGUACAGUUCCAGGAAUGAAGUUUGCUGAGGGUGACCUGAAAGAAUCAAGAUCUUUACCCAUGAGAACAUCUGGAAAUUUAGUAAACACAAGUGUAAGGUCAUCCUUUGAUCUUUCAACCUCAGAUAAAAAAGCUGAGAAAACUCCACUAUACUUGAAUUUUUUAGCUCUCAGUUCUUGUUUAAGAAUAAAUCAAAUGAGAGGUCAAGCUACAUGGACUUCAGCUUCCAAGGAGCCUUCCCUUUUGAAAGACAAACCACCAUGCUUAGUGGAAAACACAAACAUUGUUUCAAACACACAGAGUCAAAAUCUCAGUGAGAAUGUGCACAGUGAAGGAACAGGACAAGGUUCUAGCAGUUUGAACAGAGCUGCCAACACUUUGAAUACCUCUAGUAUCCACCGAGAGCCCCAGGGAGAGCCUAGUGAGGAAUGGAAUGCUACAGCAAAGGCUUUUUAUGAUUCUUUUUUUCCCACAGAACAUGUUAAAGAAGGAUUGGCUGCUUCACAGAACAAGCAGGAGUCUCCUCACAUGACUGUCACUCCAGCAAGUGAAAAAGCACUCAAAGAUGAUGACAGCUGCUCUCUUCAGAACUCCAUCAUACAAAACCAAAUAGGAGGAACUGAGAAAUUACUGACUUUGGAGAGACUUCAUUCAGCAAAAAAGAGAAAAUAUGAAGAAGGCCAGUGAAGAUAACAGGACAUCAGAUUUCUUGUAGGCAUAGAUCACUUGCCUAACCCAGAUUUGUAGAGGUGUUCCUACAGAAUUUGGUAUAUAUGUGUAGUUUCAUGUUUAAUAUGACAUGUUAACAGUUCUUAUGUUCAAAAAUGUAUACAAUUCCUAAUUCCAGUGUUAGUUCAGGUUCUGCAAUCAAAUUCAAGUUAUUAUUGACUUUGCCCAAAGUUAAAAAGUUUGUUAAGUGAAUGUUUUUAUAUAUGUUUAGUAAAAUUAAAUAAUCACUUAACUGUACCCUUCUCCUGCUCCUCAGGAGUUUUGGCUGAAAUAGUUAAAUUCCUUUCUCUGUCAGACUGCUCUACACAAGUUUUCAGGCAAAAUUCACCUCCAGCUAUUUAGGAAUACAAUGGGUUCUGCAAACAUUUACAGCUACUUCCAGCAGUUCUAUGUGGCAGAAGAACAGAAAAAUCUUCUGCUUACCUUUACUGCCAAAUUAAAUAUAUCUGUUGUAGUUUCUGCAUCAGUGAGGUCUCUUUCAACACUGAAGGAUCAGGUAUGAUUACAGAGAUAAGGCAGCAGAUCUGGCUUUGUGAAGCUUCCCUUCUAUUGGGUCACUUUUCUCCUCCCUUGUGUCUAAGAAAUUUUCUCUCACUUUAAAAAUACUUGCACUAUCAUUUUUCUGACCUCCUUCCCCUUCCUCCCCACACCUCUUGCAAAGAAAGUCCUCAUACUGUAAAAGAAACACAAGAAGCAAAAUCAGUAUUUCCAGUUUCUUGUUGCUGAUUGUAUAAGAAAAUAAACAAGACAUUUUCCGGUGUUAGUUUUAUUGCCUUUUUUUUUUUUUUUAUUUUUUUUGGUGUGGGGCAAUUUGGAAUAUUUAGCUUCUUUAAAUCAAUUGCAUACAUUUUUUUGGGAAACAUUCACAAAUUGUCAAAGUUUUGAAUAAAAUUUAUCUAUAGCAAUAUUACUAGGUCAAAAAAAAAAAAAGUUCUUAGGUGUCUGAGA